AUGAUGAUGCUUUGUCUUCUUAGCAGAACACUGCAACUAGCAAGACAUUCAUGCAGUCCACUGUGGAGACAACUCUCUUCAGCCAGUGCAAAUAAGCCAGUGUUGACUUUAUUCACCAAGAAACCUUGCCCUCUAUGUGAUGAAGCAAAAGAACUGCUUGAGCCAUAUAAGAGAAGGUUUAUUUUGCAGGAAGUGGAUAUUACCCUUCCAGAGAACACUGCAUGGUAUGAUAAAUACAAAUAUGACAUACCUGUUUUUCACUUAAAUGGGAAGUUCCUAAUGAAGCAUCAAGUAGACAUUCAAAAAUUUGAGGACCAGCUUAGGAAGCUGGAGUUGCAAAAUAAUACAAACGAGUGAAGAAAAUGCAGCUGCUCUGCUGUGGAUCUCAAAGGACUGUACAACAUAAAUUGUGUGAAAAAGCAGUAUUCAUUAUCUGGCCU